CGGUCCGAGGCGGCGGCGCCCCCGGGCUCAGCCCCGCAGCCCACUCGGGCAGAGGCGCCGCCGCGGUGCCCGGCGGAGGAUGGUGCGCGCCGUGCGGGCCGCUCCCCGCAGCCUCAGCCGCAGCAGCGCCUCGGCCGAGCGGGCCGCGGCGGGCAGCCGAGCCCCGCACCGGGCGUGCGGCCGGACGCCGGCGCGCUGAGGCUCGGACGCCGGAGCCCGGGCGACGCCGCGAUCGCAGCGGCCAUGGGGGCCCUGACGAGCCGGCAGCACGCGGGCGUGGAGGAGGUGGACGUCCCGUCCAAUUCCGUGUACCGCUACCCGCCCAAGUCCGGCAGCUAUUUUGCCAGCCACUUCAUCAUGGGAGGGGAGAAGUUUGACUCCACGCAUCCGGAGGGCUACCUGUUUGGCGAGAACAGCGACCUGAACUUCCUGGGAAACAGACCAGUGGCGUUCCCUUACGCCGCCCCGCCUCCCCAAGAACCUGUGAAGACUUUGAGGAGCCUGAUCAACAUCCGGAAGGACACACUGAGACUUGUCAAAUGUGCUGAGGAGGUGAAGAGCCACGGAGAGGAGGCAGCCAAAGCCAAGGUCCACUACAACGUCGAGUUCACCUUUGACACAGAUGCCCGGGUAGCCAUCACCAUCUACUACCAGGCCACUGAGGAGUUCCAGAAUGGCAUUGCCAGCUACAUUCCAAAAGACAACCGCCUGCAGUCAGAGACCGUGCACUACAAGCGAGGGGUGUGCCAGCAGUUCUGCCUGCCCUCCCAUACUGUGGACCCCUCGGAGUGGGCUGAAGAGGAGCUUGGCUUUGACCUGGACCGGGAGGUCUACCCUCUGGUGGUACAUGCUGUGGUGGAUGAAGGAGAUGAGUACUUUGGCCACUGCCAUGUGCUUCUGGGCACGUUUGAGAAGCACACGGACGGGACCUUCUGUGUGAAGCCCCUCAAGCAGAAGCAAGUGGUGGAUGGGGUCAGCUACCUUCUUCAGGAGAUCUACGGGAUUGAGAACAAGUACAACACUCAAGAUUCCAAGGUGGCAGAGGACGAUGUCAGUGACAACAGCGCUGAGUGUGUGGUGUGUCUCUCAGACGUCCGAGACACUUUGAUCCUGCCCUGCCGGCACCUCUGCCUCUGCAACACCUGCGCAGACACCCUGCGCUACCAGGCCAACAACUGCCCCAUCUGCCGGCUCCCCUUCCGAGCCCUGCUUCAGAUCCGAGCCAUGAGGAAGAAAUUGGACCCUCUGUCUCCAAGCAGCUUUAACCCCAUCAUCUCUUCCCAGACUUCGGACUCUGAGGAGCAUUCGUCCUCAGAGAAUAUCCCACCGGGCUAUGAAGUGGUGUCUCUCCUGGAGGCCCUCAAUGGGCCUCUCACCUCAUCCCCAGCAGUACCUCCCCUUCACAUUCUUGGAGAUGGCCACCUCUCAGGAAUGCUACCGUCCUAUGGCAGUGACGGCCACCUGCCCCCUGUUAGGACACUGUCCCCUCUUGACCGCCUGUCUGAUUGCAACAGCCAAGGACUCAAACUCAAAAAGAGCCUAUCCAAAUCCAUUUCCCAAAAUUCUUCUGUGCUUCACGAAGAGGAAGAUGAGCGAUCUUGCAGCGAGUCAGACACUCAGCUCUCUCAGAGGCUGUCAGUCCAGCAUCCUGAAGAGGGCCCCGACGUGACUCCAGAGAGUGAGAACCUCACCCUGUCCUCCUCAGGGGCUGUUGACCAGUCGUCUUGCACGGGGACUCCGCUCUCUUCCACCAUCUCUUCCCCAGAAGACCCAGCCAGCAGCAGCCUGGCCCAGUCAGUCAUGUCCAUGGCUUCCUCCCAAAUCAGCACUGACACCGUGUCCUCCAUGUCUGGCUCCUACAUUGCACCUGGCACAGAAGAAGAAGGAGAGGCCCUGCCUUCCCCCAGAGCUGCUAGCAGGGCCCCUUCAGAAGGAGAGGACACACCAGCAGAGUCCCCAGACAGCAAUUUUGCUGGCCUUCCAGCUGGAGAGCAGGAUGCAGAGGGAAAUGACAUCCUAGAGGAAGAGGACAGAUCACCUGUGCAAGAAGAUGGCCAGAGGACAUGCGCAUUUCUAGGCAUGGAGUGUGACAAUAACAAUGACUUUGACGUCGCAAGCGUGAAAGCACUGGACAAUAAGCUGUGCUCUGAGGUCUGCUUACCCGGUACCUGGCAGUAUGAUGAUAACACUGUCAACCGUCGCCAUACCCAGCGCCGGCGCCUAUCCUCCAGCAGCCUGGAGGACCCUGAGGAGAACAGGCCUUGUGUAUGGGACCCUAUGGCUGUUUGAGGGCAUCUGCACCUGUACCUGGGCUUCCCCUCCUGUCCUUGCCUUCCAUCAGUCCUCACUGGACCACAGGCCUUCUGGGCAUCUUCAGUAAGACAUGUGGACUUCAUACUCACAUGAAGGGAGGGCGAUGCAACCCUCCACCCACCUCAUCUCCUGUGACCCUGAUUCCAACCCUCUCAGAAAGAGCCAGAAGCCUUCUUCCUGUGGGCUGAUGUGUGCCAGCCAAACCCAAUGGGCCAGCAGCUGAGGCCUGCUCAGGGCUGGUGGUUUCUGGAACUUUUUCUCUUCUGAACGGAGACCACGAAGACUGAAGAGUUUCAGCUUUGCUAGACACCCACGAACAGGUUUUGGUCUCUUCAGCAAUUAGAGACCUAACUUGAAGCGGUUGGGAGCUUGCUCCAUGGGCAAGGCCAUCCACACUCUGGCCUCCCAGGACACCAGGAGCUCCUUACCCGAGCCUAAGGGAGAGGAUAACCUCCAGAGUGUGGGUUGGAAGCCAGGUCUACUAACAGUUGAUCUCCUGCGCCUCCUGUGUCCGCAGUCAGGAGCAUCUCCCUUGUAAGGCCUGUCCUCAGGUGCAGUCAGGAAGGCCUGCUGGGUCACCUCCAUGCAGUGCUAGGGCUGGCUUUCCCCAUAUCUUCACCACAGCCACUGAGAGGGAGUCUCAAACCCAGCUAACGGCUUCUCUGCCCACCGUGUAAUAGCUGAAGAACAAGGCUAAGAGCGAGGCCCAGUGCUUCUCAAACUGGUGCACAGGAACGCCAAAGGAAUGGCAGAGGCUCUGGGGCCAGAGGAUUAGGAGACCUCCCUACCCUAGUCUGUUCCUCCCCUGCCUUUCGGAUAGAUGAGAGGUGCAGACUCACCAGUGCUGAGAGAUGCCUCAGACAGAGCCAUGGCAGCAAGCUGGCAGGAAAUUGUUGGGUGCCAGGCCUUUCUCAGUUCAGUGGGUUUUGCAUGGCUCUAAAGUAGAUGCCUACCUGGGGGCUUUCGGGACAGGCAGCUCUUCAGUGGACAGGAGACGGAGAUUAGUGACAGUUACUUAGGAAGGUGAGAUAAGAGGAGCUUUAGACUUGCAAAUGUGUUCCUAGAAAGGCUUUCCCCAAAAUGCCAGUGCCCAGAAUCCUGAGGGGAGGUUGGAGGGUGGAGAGUCUGGCUUCAGACUUACCGUGUAGCUGGGGAUGACCUUGAACUUCUGCUUUUUCCUGCCUGUCCUGCCCAAGCAUUAGGAUUACAGGCCUGCAGCACCACAGGGCUCUACUUUCCAUGGUCAUCCCGCUGUUAGGAGAGCCUGCUGUGCUGCCGGAAGUGGGACGGGCUGAGCUUGAGAUCCCAUAUUGCCCCUUCUGAACACCCUGCCCUUUCAAACCCAACUUCAUGUCUUUUAUUUCCCCAACCUUCUGACGGCCCCUUUGGUACUUAAGAUUUACACCAGGUUAAGCUGAGCAAUAACCACACUUCCUCAAAGAACACAACAGAAGCAACAGGGAAGUCCCUUAGCCUGGGACAUCUGCACACAGACCCGCCUCUUCCCCUGGCAAGCAGUAGGUAAGCGGGAUUCACGGUGUGGUGUGACCUGGGAGGAGCGGGGGAAGAAGCUGCGAUGAAGGAGAUUCAGGUAAAUAGUAGCCACAGUGGCCAGGGACGCUCAAAAAAGCCAUUAUAACCAGCCCUUCCCUCUCCCUCACAAGUGCUCAGUUGGCCUGAAUUCCACAAUCCAGGCACCCAGGUUAGCAUAGCCUUUGCCCUGCCCUUCUCUCGGUAAGCAGAAAUAUCCCAUUCACGGGGUGGCCCUCUGUCAGCUGCCACCAACCCAGUCCAUUUGGAAACAGUUCCUCCUUUCUCGGGGCUCAAGCAUAGGGUCAGGCACGUUCUCCUGUUGCCUUUGGCUCCUCACCACAACGUCUGCACCUUUCCAUGCUUGCUUGGUACUGUAGUGAUCUGUCUCCUCAACGAGCCUUUUUACUUUCCCUAACUUCAUCCCACCAGAGUUUCUACCCGCUGUGGCAUCUGUCAUGCACAGACCCAAACACUAAAGCCAUCUCACUGGGUAGCUAGUCCUGUCCACCUGGUGUUGGCCUGCUGGCUGCUCACUUUAUUUUAGGGCCUGCACACCUGGGGUGUGUGUUGUGUGUGUGCGUGCGCGCGCGUGUGUGUGUGCGAAUUCGAGUGCUGUCUGUGCUAUCUGUGUACCCCUCACACUCCCUGGAGUACACUUGUGGGCACAUUACAGUGGGGACAACAAGAUGCAAUAUUUAUGGAUUGCUGCAUGAUUCUUAAAAGUGAAUAAAACUGUUUACAGGGGCAGGGGAGCCGUUAACUACAAAGUGA